UGCAUGAACUCACACUGGAAUUUCUGGCUGAUCGGUGGAGGGAGAGGACAAAGGAGACUCUGCAGUUGGGUUGCUAUGGCAGCUGUGGCCCCUUCCUACUUCUUCCUGCUGUGUUGGCUGCUGCGAACGGCUAGCUCGGCUUUCCCGGAGGAACCAGGGCCCCUGAACUUCAUCCCUACAGAAGUGGUGAGAAGAUACCCCGUGUUUCUGGGCCGACCGCACAAAACGUGGCUGAGACAAGAGCCUCUGCACGUCCAGAGGAUCCUGCAGGUCAAUCGGACGCUCUACAUCGGAGCGAGGGAUGACCUUUUUCGUGUGGAGCUGGACACCACUGCAGGAGAUGAGAUGUUUUACAACAAGAAAAGAACGUGGGAGUCAAACAAGAACGACAUCCGGAUCUGCAGGAUGAAGGGCAAACAUGAGGAUGAAUGCCGUAACUUCAUCAAAGUGCUGCUCAGCAGAAACGGAGGCUUGUUUUUGUGUGGAACCAACGCCUUCAACCCGCUGUGUGCCAACUACACUGGAGACACUCUGGAGAUGCUGGGAGACACAGUCAGUGGGAUGGCCCGGUGUCCCUAUGAUCCCAAACACGCCAACGUAGCUCUGGUCGCAGAGGGGAAUCUGUUUACGGCCACAGUGACGGACUUUCUGGCCAUCGACGCGGUGAUCUACCGUAGCCUCGGGGACAGUCCUGCUCUGCGCACCGUGAAGCACGACUCCAAGUGGUUCAGAGAGCCGUAUUUUGUCAGUGCCGUGGAGUGGGGACCUCACAUCUACUUCUUCUUCAGAGAGAUAGCCAUGGAGUUCAAUUACCUGGAGAAGGUGGUGGUGUCACGCGUUGCCCGGGUAUGCAAGCGGGAUCAAGGCGGGUCUCAGCGCGUCCUGGAGAAGCAGUGGACGUCGUUCUUAAAGGCCCGUCUGAACUGCUCCGUGCCCGGCGAUUCCCACUUCUACUUUAACCUGCUCCACUCCACCAGCCCCAUCAUCAGGAUGCACGGCAGGGACAUCGUCCUGGGGGUGUUCUCCACACCAGCCAACAGCAUUCCAGGUUCGGCGGUGUGCGCCUUUGACAUGGAGCAGCUGGCUGCUGUGUUUGAUGGAAGGUUUAAGGAGCAGAAAUCACCAGAGUCUAUUUGGACGCCUGUUCCAGAUGAAGUCAUCCCAAAACCAAGACCCGGUGGUUGUGCCGUUCAAGGAUCCAAGUUUAAUUCCUCCAACUCCUUCCCCGAUGAGAUGUUAAAUUUUGUGAAGACCCAUCCUCUGAUGGAUGAAGCAGUCCCAUCACUGGGACAACGACCCUGGAUAGUGAGAACCAUGGUCAGGUACCAGCUGAAUAAGAUUGUGGUGGAUACCGAGGCCGGGCCCUACAGAAACCGCACCGUGCUCUUCCUCGGCUCAAGCAGAGGGACCAUCCUCAAGUUUCUCAUCAUGCCCAACCAGGACAAUACCGUUACCAAUAGCAACAUCUUCCUGGAAGAACUGGAGGGCUUCAACCCCGAUAAGUGUGCUGAGGACUCUCUGCAGGCCAGGCAGCUGUUGUCCCUGACUCUAGACCGGAUGAGCCACACUCUGCUCCUCGCCUUCCCGUCCUGUGUGGUCAGAGUACCAGUGGCACGAUGCCAGCUUUAUUCCCGAUGCAUGAAGAACUGCAUCGCCUCCAGGGACCCUUACUGUGGCUGGACCAGAGGAAGCACCUGCUCUUUCCUCAGACCUGGAACCAGACUGCCUUUUGAGCAAGAUGUUGAACACGGAAACGUGGACCACUUGGGCGACUGUGACGGAAUUCUUCUCCAAGAGAGUUUCAUGGAGGAGCCCGAUGGCCUCGUGUCCGUAAACCUCUUAGUGGUGUCUGCUGUUUCAGCUUUUGCAACAGGAGCCGUCCUUUCUGGUCUCACCGUCUGCUGGAUCAUGAGUCACCGGCACCGCCACUCUCGCGGCUCCGGAGCCGGCGGCGCCCGGCGCAAAGGCGACAAAGAACAAAGCAUGCUGGGACAAGGCCGCAGCGGGUCGGUGAUGAGCGUGACGAGAACCAGCGGCGGGGAGCGGCGCUGUUCGCAAGCGGACAACCCCUUCGUCACGCCCAACGGCUGGCCUAAAGGAGAGAUGGACCCCGGCUUGCUGCCCACGCCUGAGCAGACCCCCCUGCAGCAGAAACGGGGCGUACGUCUCCCGGACACCGAGUGGGACCAGAGUCAGACCUUCCUCACUGCCGUUGGGACUCCCUGCCCUAACAACUCCGUCAUCUACCUGAGCUCCAAGUUUCUGCACGGUGGUGGAGGCGGCGGCGGUAUGGUCCGGAUAGAUGACCCAGGAGAGGUGGUGCUGCCUCCACACACAGAACGCCAUCGCUACCUGAUCCUCGCCACGCAGAGAGGGGAGCACGGUAGCAAUCGCCCCACCGGUGCGCUAAGGAACUCAGCAGGAGAAUACAUCUACCCUGCCACGCCGCAGGACUCCCCCGACCGACGGAGGGUGGUGUCCGCUCCCACUCCCCACAUGGACUACGGGGAGCCUCGCUGGAGUCAUGAGGCGCUCAACUACAACAGCAACAAUGGCGCACCCUAUCACCCUCAGCGCCAGGGCCUCAUCAGGCCAGACAUGCACGGGCCCCGAGGGCUGGGAGAACUGGCUGACUUCAGCCAUCUUCUAGGAAAGAGCGUGGGCGAGCGCAACCCCAGUGGCCAGUGAGGCGACGCAGACGAGCCCUGACGCCAACCCCUUCCCUCCAACAGCAAACUGGAAUCAAACAACCCUCAGAUUCACUGUCCCGGUCCAACCUUACCCUGUCUGUCCUCUCUCACUGUCAUUCAAUGUUCAGACAUCACUCAGCUGACUAAAGAGAGGGACAAAGAGAGAGAGCUGACAAAGAGGAGACAACUCUCUGUACAUCUCCGUUCCUCCGUUCGUAAUCCGAGGUGCACGCCUCGGCUCUGUCGGUGGAUCCAACCGCAGAGCGUGACUUUGACUCCACGGGACGACCGGCGAGCUAAAAAGAGGGGUGCGGAGAACGAAGGCUCUUCAUAGAAGGACAGUGUGGAGAUUAAAAAAACAAACAAAUAAAAUGACAAUUUGGCUUGCAGCACCAAAUGUGAAAGGUCUCCCUCCACCAUUCUGUUCACUGUUUUAACACCACGGCUCUUCUUUAAGUGUGAAAUCAUGUUUCUGCUUUGGUUUGUUGAUGCCGGUGGCGUCCAGCAGACAACCAUGUGCUUUUCUUUGGACUCGAAUUGAUGUCGCCGUCAAAGGGCCGCGACUCUCAGCCAAUCACGCUGUGUGUAUGUGCGAAUACGUGUGGCCACGACAACCCCAGCCAGCGUCCUGUCUUAACUGUGAAGUACACCUGUAUAAUGACGAUGGUAAUAACAUUGUUUUCUUUUUAUAACCAAUCACAGAGAGACAGACGGAUUUUUAUCAAGUGUCUACUUGAGGCUCUUUGUGUUCACCAAUCGGAGGUUUGGAUGGUUGGUUGAUCGGUGGCUAGUGAGGAGGUCGGACUCGCUCUGUGAAAGUAAAAAAAAGAGCAAUAAUGAGCAAGAUAUAUAUAAGGAUAAAGAUAAAGCCAAUUUAAUUUGAUAUUUUUAUAUCAGCAUUUUCUCAGCAAGGAAAACCGAAGCUUCGAGACGUCGGAAAGGCUCUGGGAAAAAGGAACAGUAUCUCCACUCCACCCCCCUCCCUUGCUGCCUCUCAGUAUGCCUGGGUCUGUCUGACCUGACCCGAGGCCUCCCCGGGCUCCGCAGUUCAUUUGAAGGAGGGAAUGUGAGCUCUGACUGUCUGCCCGGCCGCUUGGGAGCUCCAUUCAGCCUCUUCUGUCCGACACUGAGACUCUUUGUGCCCCAGAGGCGGGAGGAGACUGCGGCAACAAAUAACCGUUAAGAGUCAAGGACCUAGCCCACCGACACAGCCCGGCGGAAUAUCAAUGAGGAGGACAGCAGCUCCAUCCGUCACGAGAGACGCAGCGACUGGGCCCGGGCAUCUCUCGCGCCUCACGCACACUAGCGAUUCACUGGUUUGCCGGGACAGGGAGGAGCUGAGGGGCUGAAGCUGGGGCUGAGGCCAGAGUAGGGGCACUGCUCGCUGUUCACAAUGGUCAUCCCUUGUGGCUCUGUCCCUUUCUUGCUCUCAGUGUGUUUCCCGACAAUAGCAGGAUAAAGAAAACAGACGGGCAUGGGUAUAUUGGGGUGUGGAGUUACUCUUUCACUGCGUUGUCUGAUCUUUUGAUGUUUCCUAUUUUCAUCAGCUCUCAUCUGUCCUCGAUUCAAACGUAGAUAGCUUCAUCUGGGUCAUACGUUCGUAAAGGUGGUGUUUUUAUGAGUGUGUGAGUCUCUUAGGGCUUGUAUACAUGAAUGUGUUACUCAUAUUGAGUGCAACAAAACAGCUUUGAUCAACAUUACUUUCAUUCUCGCCCUGCUUUUCUUUUCUCUGUUGAACCAUUAAUGACCGUCUAACACUCACAAAUGCAUGUUAACAAUGUCAGAGCCCUGCGUGGGAGCGCUGUAUGCUAUAGAAUACGUUUAAACCAUUAUACCGCGCACAAAGAAGCGAGUUAAAAUGGACGAGCUGGGUUUUCCGCUUUAAAUAAUAGAUGCUAUCAACAUACACAAGACACACAUCUUUUGGUCCUGACACCAAACGGCCCUUUUUCUAUUCAGAUCAGUGGUUUUUCCAUCAAAGCGGGACGCAUGCCCGCCCAGAAACUUUAAGCUACCUUAUAGGACCUCCAGGGUUACAACAGCUCGUCAUUGGGGCAGUACUCUCUGUUGUACUGUCAUUGUGCCCUGGAGGUUUGUAGCUUACAGAGACCAGUCCAACUCCUCAGUUUCAUACCUUAAUGCAGCAGUCCAAUAAAACUAUUAAUCAACACGAAUGUCUUUGAACUGUGGAAGAAGCUGCAGCACCUGGAGAGAAACCCACACAGGCACAGGAAGAACAAGCAUGCAAGCUAGAUCCAAAAAAUGCUUUUCAUUUCACUUUGAUUUAACAGUUUGGUAUUUCUUAUAUUAAACUCCAGAAGAGAAGGUCCUGUGAUUAGACCCGAGGAGGUAGACUGCACUUGUGGAGACAGAAAAGCUUUUUCUUUGUACCCACACCUUUCAGCUUUCUGAGGAUUUAUGGCACCAUUUCCAAAGUUUUUCAGUUUGUUUUCUGCCUUAAAACCUUCGAUCGAUCUCACUGCAGGGGUCGUCCAGCGUCCAGAGUCUUCCUGCCUUCCUGUGUGGCGUUUGCAUGUUCUGACUGUGCCUUACUCCAGGUUCUCUGGCUUUUUCUCAAAUGCAUAUGUUUUAGUUUGACUGGUGAUUCUAGUGUGUCUGUGACUGUUUGUCUGCCUGUGUGCGUGAGCCCAGCCUCUCACCUGAAGUCAGCUCCAUUCUCACGUCUGGCAUCGUACAUCGUCGGUUUCUGCUGCAGCUUCUUGCAUUUUUUCACCUUUUUUCUUUUACAAAAUAAGUAAUAAACUUAGUUCGAGCGCAUAAAAACACAUGCAGGCAUAUUUUGAACAAGAACCGUGUGAUCCAAGAAGCGUAAACAGAAGCAUAAAUCUGACCCGACACUCGAUACCACCUGACAGUGUUCAGCUCCGCAGACACAUUUCUGUUGAGGUUUAAUACCCAGCCCUAACAAAUGUACAGCCAGGCUUGACGUAAUAUAUGAGACAGGCCAGUGAAAGAGAUUUACGAAGACAAGGACAGAGGAGGAGGUCAAGCAGGCAAACGUGAUGUUACUGCAUUACCGCCUCGCCACCACAUUAAAGCAGUGUAUUCUUUACACAUUCCACCCUGAAACAGGUCAUUAGUAUUGAGGAUAGGAAGCUCUCCACCAGCCAGGACGCCGCUCGUCUCUCUCCCACCGCCGGGUCUGCGUGUGUGUGCCCACGAGGCCUCUCUGUCUCGCUCGGCGUGCCCAGCGAGGCGUCUCCUCGCUCCGCAUCUCCUCCGGUUUUUUCGCUAAACAUGCUUGAUUAGGCAAAGUACAUUCCCGGCCCUCUAAUGGCCUGAUGAGCCCCUGAGAAGAUUACUGCAGACACAUCAGCCCUGAGAGGGAGGCGCUGUUCAACCAGCUCCGCUAACCACCAGCAGAUCACACACACACACACACUCGCGUGCAAACGCACAAAAAGGACCUUUAACCAAAUUUGGGGCACAAUUGAAUUAGGAUCCGCUCUGACUGGUGUACAUGUUACUUUACUGACUGCAUAAUUUGAUUACCUUAGUUCAACAUUACACCGGAGCUAAAAAAUUCACGUGGACCUCAUGAGAGCUCUGUUUAUUAAAGCCAUCAUCCUCCCCUUUCUUUGCAUACUUCAUGUCAUUCCCGUUCCUCCUCACCGAGCAGCUGCACUUCUUCUCCUUUUCUUUAAACCCUUUGAUUGUUAGCAGACUCUGCCAGCCCAGCUCUCAUUGCACUUGUCACUAUUAAAGGUUAGCUGGUUAAUUUAAUGAUUCAGUAACAGAAACAGAAAUCAAAGUACCCUCCACUUUAUUUCACAUUAAAUCCUUGAUGCGUAACAGUUUUUAGACAUUUCCGUAAGCUCUCAUGUGGCAAAUUGCUUUCUUUUUCCUAUAAGGGCUUUUGUUUUGUUUUAUUUAAAUGUAG